UAUAACGCGCUCUUCUCCCAGACGGGUGACUCCGCACGUGUUUCUAAUUCACAGGUUGGAGCUUCGCACGACGUCCUUUGUUUCUGGAUUAAAGGGGUACAAGAAGGGCAGCCACCAUGAGUAGCGACGCUGAAAUGGAGGUGUUCGGGGUGGCCGCGCUGUUCCUUCGUAAAUCCGAGAAGGAGCGGAUCGAGGCUCAGAACCAACCGUUCGAUGCCAAAACCUAUUGCUACGUGACGGACGCGACCACCGAGUACAUAAAGGCAAGAGUCAAGAGCACGGAGGGCGGAAAGACCACCGUGGAGACGGAGGACAAGAGGACGGUCACCGUGAAGCCGGAGAACGUCUACCCGAUGAAUCCACCCAAGUUUGAUAAAAUCGAGGACAUGGCGAUGCUGACCCACCUGCACGAGCCGGCGGUGCUGUACAACCUCAAGGAUCGCUACAAGGCGUGGAUGAUCUACACCUAUUCCGGGUUGUUCUGCGUCACCGUGAACCCCUACAAGUGGCUUCCCGUCUACAACCCGGAGGUGGUGAACGCUUACCGGGGCAAGAAGCGCCAGGAGGCUCCACCACACAUCUUCUCCAUCUCUGAUAACGCCUAUCAGGCCAUGUUAACGGAUCGGGAAAAUCAGUCGAUCCUGAUCACCGGAGAAUCCGGGGCCGGGAAGACCGUGAACACCAAGCGUGUCAUCCAGUACUUUGCGACAAUCGCAGCCGUCGGGGACACAAAGAAGAAGGAAGAGGCUUCAAAAAAUAAGGGCACCCUGGAGGAUCAAAUCAUCCAGGCCAACCCUCUGCUGGAGGCCUUCGGUAACGCCAAGACCGUGAGGAACGACAACUCGUCCCGCUUCGGUAAAUUCAUCCGCAUCCAUUUUGGGACCACCGGGAAGCUGGCCUCUGCAGAUAUCGAAACAUAUCUGCUGGAGAAGUCCAGAGUCACGUUCCAGCUGCAGGCCGAGAGGAGCUACCACAUCUUCUACCAAAUCCUCUCCAACAAGAAGCCGGAGCUGAUCGAUACAUUGUUAAUUACGACGAACCCAUAUGACUUCCCGUACAUCAGCCAAGGGGAGAUCUCGGUGGCCAGCAUCGACGACACAGAAGAACUGAUAGCCACAGAUAGCGCUAUUGAUAUUCUGGGCUUCACCCCCGAAGAGAAAAUUGGUAUUUACAAGCUAACGGGGGCCGUCAUGCACUACGGCGUCAUGAAGUUCAAGCAGAGACCCCGUGAGGAGCAGGCAGAGCCCGACGGGACGGAGGUGGCCGAUAAAACGGCUUAUCUCACCGGGCUAAACUCGGCAGAUUUGCUAAAAGGUCUCUGCUUCCCCCGGGUGAAAGUCGGAAACGAGUACGUGACCAAAGGCCAAACCGUGGAGCAGGUUCACCACAACGUCAACGCCCUGGCCAAGUCAGUGUACGAGAAGUUGUUCCUGUGGAUGGUGACCCGCAUUAACCAUCAGCUGGAUACUAAGUUACCCCGACAGCAUUUUAUCGGCGUGCUGGAUAUCGCUGGAUUUGAAAUCUUUGAGUUCAACAGCCUGGAACAGCUCUGCAUCAACUUCACCAACGAGAAGCUGCAGCAGUUCUUCAACCACCACAUGUUCGUCUUGGAACAAGAGGAAUAUAAGAAGGAAGGGAUCGAGUGGACGUUCAUCGACUUCGGCAUGGACUUGGCCGCCUGCAUCGAGCUUAUCGAGAAGCCGAUGGGCAUCUUCUCCAUCCUUGAAGAGGAGUGCAUGUUCCCCAAGGCAACAGACACUUCAUUCAAGAACAAGCUUUACGACCAACAUCUCGGCAAAUCCAACAACUUCCAGAAGCCGAAACCGGCCAAAGGCAAGGCAGAGGCUCACUUCUCCCUCAUCCACUACGCCGGGACGGUGGAUUACAACAUUAAAGGCUGGCUGGAGAAGAACAAGGACCCGCUGAAUGAAACCGUGGUGGGGCUCUACCAGAAGUCUUCCAUGAAGAUCUUGGCCAACCUUUACGCCUCCUACGCUGCUACAGACGCUGAAGCCGCUGGCAAAAAGGGAGCCAAGAAGAAGGGCUCUUCGUUUCAGACCGUGUCUGCUCUUUUCAGGGAAAACUUGAACAAACUGAUGUCCAAUUUAAGGACGACCCACCCCCACUUUGUGAGGUGCAUCAUCCCCAACGAAACCAAAACACCAGGGGAUAUGGACCAUCACCUCGUUCUCCACCAGCUGAGAUGUAACGGGGUACUCGAGGGCAUCAGAAUUUGCCGCAAGGGCUUCCCCAACAGGAUCGCGUAUGCAGACUUUAAACAGAGGUACCGGAUCCUGAACGCAAGCGCGAUCCCAGAGGGACAGUUUAUGGACAGCAAGAAAGCCUGCGAGAAGCUGUUGGGAUCCAUUGACAUCGAUCACACUCAGUAUAAGUUCGGGCACACUAAGGUGUUCUUCAAAGCUGGGUUGCUGGGUACGUUGGAGGAGAUGCGAGACGACCGCCUCGCCCUUCUCAUCACCCGCACGCAGGCCGUAUGCAGAGGGUUCCUCAUGAGAGUUGAAUUCCAAAGAAUGAUGGCGAGAAGGGAAGCCAUCUUCUCCAUCCAGUACAAUAUCCGCGCCUUCAUGAACGUCAAGCACUGGCCGUGGAUGAAGCUCUACUUCAAGAUCAAGCCUCUUCUCAGAAGCGCAGAGACAGAGAAGGAGAUGGCUGCCAUGAAAGAGGAAUUCGCCAAAACCAAGGAGGAUCUGGCAAAGUCCGAAGCCAAAAGAAAAGAAAUGGAGGAAAAGAUGGUGAAACUUCUCCAAGAGAAGAACGACCUCCAGCUGCAAGUCCAAUCCGAAUCUGAAAACCUGACGGACGCGGAGGAAAGAUGCGAUCAAUUAAUUAAAACCAAAAUCCAACUGGAGGCCAAAAUCAAGGAGCAGAACGAGAGGCUGGAGGACGAGGAAGAGUCGAACGCCGAGCUGACGGCCAAGAAGAGAAAGCUGGAGGACGAAUGCUCCGAGCUGAAGAAAGACAUCGACGACCUCGAGCUGACUUUGGCCAAGGUUGAGAAAGAGAAACACGCCACAGAGAACAAAGUUAAAAACCUCACGGAGGAAAUGUCCGGUCUGGAUGAAACCAUCGUUAAGCUGACCAAAGAAAAGAAAGCUCUCCAGGAGGCUCACCAGCAGACCUUGGAUGAUCUCCAGGCAGAAGAAGACAAAGUAAACUCUCUGACCAAACUUAAAAUCAAACUGGAGCAGCAAAUUGAUGACCUGCAAGGAUCCCUGGAACAGGAGAAAAAACUGCGUUUGGACUUCGAGCGAUCCAAGAGGAAACUUGAGGGGGACCUGAAGUUGGCUCAGGACUCCAUCAUGGAUUUGGAAAACGACAGACAGCAGCUGGACGAAAGACUUAAAAAGAAGGACUUUGAGAUAAGCCAACUGCUCGGCAGGAUCGAGGAUGAACAAGCAGCCGGCAACCAGCAUCAGAAGAAAAUUAAAGAGCUUCAGGCUCGUGUAGAAGAGCUGGAAGAGGAAAUUGAGUCGGAGAGAGCAACGCGGGCCAAGGCGGAGAAGCAAAGGUCUGAUCUGGCCAGGGAGCUGGAGGAGAUCAGCGAGAGGCUGGAGGAGGCCGGAGGGGUCACGUCGACUCAGAUAGAACUCAAUAAGAAAAGGGAAGCCGAGUUCCAGAAAAUGCGUCGGGACCUGGAGGAAGCGUCUCUGCAGCACGAGGCCACGGUCGCCACUCUGCGCAAGAAGCACGCCGACAGCGCUGCCGAGUACUCCGAGCAGAUAGACAACCUCCAGCGCGUGAAGCAGAAGCUGGAAAAGGAGAAGAGCGAGAUGAGGAUGGAGAUCGACGACAUCAACAGCAACCUGGAAUCUGUCACUAAAUCUAAGGCUGGACUCGAAAAGCUCUGCAGGAUGCUGGAAGACCAGCUGAGUGAGUUCAAGGCGAAAACCGAAGAGAACCAGAGAAACGUCGCGGAGCUAACGCUCCAAAAGGCCCGUCUGCAGACAGAAUCAGGGGAGUUGGCCAGACAGCUGGAGGAAAGAGAGUCUUUGGUGUCACAACUGUCGCGGUCCAAGCAAGCGUUUACUCAACAAAUUGAGGAGCUCAAGAGGAUGAUGGAAGAAGAAGUCAAGGCGAAGAACGCGUUGGCACACGGCUUGCAGGCUUCCCGCCACGACUGCGAUCUGCUCCGGGAACAGUACGAAGAAGAACAGGAGGCCAAGUCUGAGCUCCAGAGAGCCCUGUCCAAAGCCAACGGAGAAGUCGCCCAAUGGAGGACGAAAUACGAGACGGACGCUAUUCAGCGCACAGAGGAACUGGAGGAAGCCAAGAAGAAGUUAGCCCAGCGUCUUCAAGAGGCCGAGGAGAAUAUCGAGGCUGUAAACUCCAAGUGUUCCUCCCUGGAGAAGACCAAGCAGAGACUUCAGAGCGAAGUGGAAGAUCUGAUGGUAGAAGUGGAACGGGCGAACUCUUUCGCGGCUGCGCUUGACAAAAAGCAAAGGAACUUUGACAAGGUGCUGGCCGAGUGGAGACAGAAGUACGAAGAAACUCAGGCUGAACUGGAAUCUUCAUUGAAGGAGGCACGGUCUUUAAGCACGGAGCUCUUCAAAAUGAAGAACGCUUACGAGGAGUCCUUGGACCAGCUUGAGACGGUUAAACGAGAGAACAAGAAUCUGCAACAAGAAAUAGCCGACCUUACCGAGCAAAUAGUUACAGGCACUAAAACCAUCCAUGAGCUGGAGAAAGCCAAGAAGCAAGUGGAGCUGGAGAAGAGCGAGAUGCAAGCGUCACUCGAGGAGGCAGAGGCAGCUUUGGAACAUGAAGAAGCCAAAAUCCUCCGAAUUCAGCUGGAGUUAACGCAGGUAAAAGCCGACAUCGAUCGGAAAAUUGCGGAGAAAGAUGAGGAAAUUGACCAGAUGAAGAGGAACUACCUGAGGACGGUGGAAACCAUGCAGACGGCCUUGGAUUCUGAGGUGCGGAGCAGGAACGAAGCGGUGAGGCUUAAGAAGAAGAUGGAAGGUGACCUGAACGAGAUGGAGAUCCAGCUCAGCCACGCCAACCGUAUAGCGGCCGAGGCGCAGAAAUACUUACGGAACAUCCAAGGCCAGCUGAAGGACACCCAAAUCCACCUCGACGAUGCCCUCAGGGGACAAGAGGAUUUGAAGGAACAGCUGGCACUGGUGGAGCGUAGGAACAACCUGAUGGCUUCCGAAAUAGAAGAGAUGAGGGCUGCUCUGGAACAGACAGAAAGAUCUAGAAAGAUCGCAGAACAGGAGCUUCUAGACGCAACAGAGCGUGUCCAGCUUCUGCACACACAGAACACGAGUCUGAUUAACACCAAAAAGAAGCUGGAGAGCGACGUCUCUCAGCUCCAGGGAGAGAUUGAAGAUACCAUCAAGGAAGCGAGAAACGCAGAAGACAAAGCAAAGAAAGCCAUCACCGAUGCUGCCAUGAUGGCCGAGGAGCUGAAGAAGGAGCAGGACACCAGCGCUCACCUCGAGAGGAUGAAGAAGAACCUGGAUCAGACCGUGAAGGAUCUCCAGAACCGGCUGGAAGAAGCCGAGCAGCUGGCGCUGAAAGGAGGCAAGAAACACAUCCAGAAACUGGAGGCCAGGGUCCGGGAACUCGAGGGCGAAGUGGAUAUGGAGCAGAAGAAGAGCGCGGACGUUAUCAAAGGAAUCCGCAAAUACGAGCGACGCGUCAAGGAGCUGACGUUCCAGUCCGAGGAGGACAGAAAGAACAUCCUACGCUUACAAGACCUGGUCGAUAAACUACAACUCAAAGUGAAGUCCUACAAGAGGAUGACGGAGGAAGCCGAGGAACAAUCCAACGUCCAGAUGUCCAAGUGCCGCAAGGUCCAGCACGAGCUGGAAGAGGCCGAGGAGCGGGCCGACAUCGCCGAGAGUCAGGUCAACAAGCUCAGGAUAAGGACUCGCGAAACCAUCACCUCCAAGGUGGUGAUGUCCACUCAGGAGUAGCUCUUCGGGCGAGCAGCGUGCGGUAAAACGGAGUACCCAGAAUGCGUAUCCGCUGGAAGACACGGUCCCACUUUAGGCCCAGAUUCACUUAAUGGCGGGGCGAUGGAGGGGCCGGGCCGAAUUCCGCAUCGUCUUGGAGGCCGUUCGGUAGACGUCUGCUUAUUACGAGGGUCAGGGUAGGUUGACUGGGAGAUCUCCAUGCAGCCAAUGAGAAAUAGGAUCUCUUCUCAUCUCCCAUUGGCUGCACGGUGUCCGAAUCCAGAUGCAAAUGUUUAACCAUGUAGGUGCCAGUAAAGAGGGAACAUUAGAUUCCCGGCGGCCGAUCAGGUUCAGAAAUCCCCAAAAGAAACCUCCCGGAGCCAAUCCCUGUCACUACUACCCCUGGGCCCUCGGGGACUCUGCCUUCCAGCUGUUUUUGCCGAUCUCUGCGCUCAGGAAAUAAACGUUCUGCGCGACUCUGA